UAAAACCAUAGUGGUAAAAAUCAUGGUAGAGUGAACAUUAAAAGUAAAUUGACUCUUUCUAACUGAAGGAACAAGAUUUAAAAUUUAACAGUGCAAAAUUAAUGUUGUUAAAAUGGAAGAAGAUUAUUUAAAUCUCGAUGACUACGAUGUAUACCAAAAAACUCAGAGGAGGCACCAACAUCAAACUGCUACCAAGAGGAAGCAACAUCAUUGCCCAACAAAAAAAUACAACAAUAGUGAGGAGCUUUACCGUCUGCAGCCGCAGGACUUUGAUGGCCGCUCCGAUGAUGUUUUGUUAAAAACUUUGCUGAGUAAAUUUCAAAUGUCAUUUUUGUAUCCAUUUCUCAAAGCUUAUGGCAUCACGUACCGGAGUCUACGCUAUUUAUCUGUAGACGAUAUUAAUACCGCUAUACGUAGUAUUGGCCACAGGGCAGAAUUUAGAGAGAAACUUUUUACAUGGAGAAGGAAAAAGUAUCGCACUAACGACGUCGUAAUAGUGCAAGAGAAAAUCAUCCCCAGUACGAUCAAUUCAACUGAGGAACCUUAUAUAAGACGAUCCUCAGAAGAUACUUUAAACAACACUAAAGAAAUAUCAGAGAUAUCUGAGGAUACUCAAUCAAAUACGAAGGAGUCAAUUACAACCUUCGAAGAUAUUAGUACGUCGAUUCGAAACGAGUCGUUGAAGUUCGAAUCGGACAUAAUGGAUGAACUGCCACUUGAGCUGGAAAUCGAUGGAAUGGAAGUGAAGAAACCGAAAUUAGAAGCCACCGUCAAUUUGAGAGAAACUCGAGUAGGUUUAAUGUUAAAUUUGGAAGAACUUAUCAAUGAGUCUGUUUUUGGGCCAAUCAUGAAGGCGUUUUACAAAAAACAUGGCUAUCUGGAAAGAAAACAUCGCGAUGAGUUGAUACAGGCCGUUAUAGAUUAUGUCAUAAACAAAGAAAUCAAAUUGCAUUGUUCAGAUUUUGCGAAAAUCGUCGAUAUGAUAGUAAAUAUUUUUCCUGCAGAACAUGAUUCUAGGGAUUAUUAUUUUAUCAAUCGGAAAGGAAAACGAAACCCCAUGGGACGUUUGUACACCAAGUAUUACAAUACGUUGAAACGUAUGAGGGUACGAGAUAUACAUCAGGAGUUCACUCAAGAAUCAACCACUUACAUGCAGUCUGACACACUGGCCGACGAUGAUGCGAUGCUAACGACAGGACUAACAACGCCAACAUCUUCGACAAUAGCACCGAGGAAUGUUGUAAAUGCUAAUGAUGGCAAUAAUAUCGGCAACAUCUGCAGCAGCAGCAACAGCAAUACUACACAAAUUGAGCUUAUCGACGACGAUGAGUUCCAAGAGCUCAUGCAGUUGGAUGAUACUUCUAUGAGUGCCAUAAAGAAUUUCCUUCGUUGCCGUGAUGUGAGCUGGGAUGAUGUAAAGACGGUGUGGUCGAAGACCUAUUUAUCACGUCAAGAAGAUGUCGAGCACUCAACCACUAAGGAUGUUCUCCAGCAGUGGCCCAAAUAUCUCAAUGCCAGAGCCAUGGAAUUGUUCAAUAUAGAUUUUGGAUUGAAAUUUUCACGCAAUAAAGUCAAUAUUCUAAAACGAAAGUGGUCACAAUUUGUUGAAAAAGUUUCGCAUUACUAUACAUCCAAUAUUAAAGAAGAGAUGUGCAAAGGACUAUUUGCUCUCUGGAAAACAAAGCCGGGGAAAGAUACUGAGGACUACAUUUUUGCCGUUCUGCUCAAUUCAGUCAUGUUGCCUAUGGCCCGAUAUCGCGAUGCUAUUGGUAAUCGGCGUAAAGUUUCAAUCGUUGAAGCGGUGGAUCUCUUUGCCAUACGGGUUAAUAACUUGGAAGAGGUAGAACAAAAACGUGAGGAAUUCACCAUAAAAUAUGGUGAUAUACACAAUGAAUAUACACCUUUGAUUGUGUUGGUUGGCGACAAUAACAUCAAUAUCCAUGAGAUAUAUGUUCAUUUUGAUGUAGCCCUGUAUGAAAUGCCCGAUUUCAUCAGCGCUCUGGACUCUUGCAUGAAAAUCUAUCGAGUACUGAAUUUGCCUUAUCCUGCUUCGAACGAAUAUGUCUGGUCAUUUAUACAACGUUAUUUUUAUGAGAUAAUUCUGCCGGAUGAUAUAAAAUGUCCAUCGAUGAAUUCACUGAUGACAUCGCUAAAGUAAAGAACCGUUUAAAAGAUAUUGUUUGCAUGCACAUUAUAAGAAAUAAAUGUUUCAAGGUUUUAUGAAAAUA